CGCAGGGUUGGCCGCCUUGAGAAGCUGCGAAGAUGGCGGAGUAAGGCGUGCCGCUGUAAACUGGCCUCUGGGCCGGGGGCGGGCGGCCCCCGGAAGGUCGAAUGCAUCUGUUGGACCGUGCGAGGAGAAGAAAAAAGAGAUCGGCCAGAGGAAGGAACUAAGCGAACAUUCUUCCUCCCUACCUUACAGAAGGGAGUGGUCAUCUACACUAAAGCCAAGUGUCACGCGCGUCCGUGCGAAGAGACCACCAAACAGGCUUUGUGUUCCUUAUCACAGGAAGAAAAUUUUCCUUGACCUUUAGGUGCUUUUAUAUUCGUCUCAAAAACAAAAUUCUGAACUCAGGACUUGGCAAGUGGUUCUCCGCCACCCGGUGGAGAAAGCGGGAACACCCUCUCGGGCUAGCCUCGGCCUUUCCCGAACGCCUCACUGCACUCACUGGAGAAGACCACGGCCCCGAGGGAUCGCGACAGGUCCCAGGCGAGGUGCACCGAGUCGGCGAGCACUGCGUGGCACUGUGCGCACUGGAACACAGCGCACCUCUCAGGCUGCAGCCAAGACGGCAGCUGCGGGCCGGAGGCCGGCUCCUCAGCCCCCAGCCCUGCGGGGCCGAGCGGCGAGGACCCCUUCAACACCUGCGUAUCCCACUCCAUGGAAGUCGUAGAAGAAGCUUCGUCAAUCGCCCUCUCAGUGCCAUCACAAAAGUCGCCCCGGGGCGGCGUUGCACAAUGCGAGCGAUGCCGAAGCAGCUGAGCCGCCAUCUUCCCGCAGCCGCCGCCUUCGUUUCGAAUACACGCCAGGCCCCGCCCCAAGCACAGCUCCUGCGUCCUCAUUGGACAUCGUGGGUAAUCCAAGCACUGGAGUCCGAGUCCGCGCACUCGUUACCUGAACAGGCCUUACAGGCCGUUUGGCGCCUGCGUAUUCGUGAGGUGUGAGAAAAGCGCGCGUCUGUUGGGACGGGAAAUCAGCCUUUCUAUUGGUCAGGGUUAGAAACCCCGCCUUUGAGGCGUUUUCAACCAAUGGAAGCGCGGCAUUCUUCAUUUAAACUGUCUAUAAAUUUCUGCUUAGUCAAAGUUAAGAGUGGCGCCAGGGAUUUGAACCGCGCUGAAGAGGUUUGGUGAUCCAUCUUCUGAGUAUCGCCGGGAUUUCGAAUCGCGAUGAUCAUCCCCUCUCUAGAGGAGUUGGACUCCCUCAAGUACAGUGACCUGCAGAACUUAGCCAAAAGUCUGGGUCUCCGGGCCAACCUGAGGGAUGAAAGGCAAACUUCUGCAUCCUCUUGUGAUGAGACUGAGAUACAGAUCAGCAAUCAGGAACAAGCUGAGAGAGAGCCAAUUGGCCAUGUCACCAAAACAAGGAGAAGGUGCAAAACUGUCCGUGUGGACCCUGACUCACAGAAUCAUGAAAAGCAGGAAAUCCAGGAUCUCAGAGCUACUGCAAAAGUUCCUUCUCCACUAGACGAGCGCCAAGGAGCUGAGAAUGCUGUUUCCUCAGGUAACAGAGAUUCAAAGGUACCUUCAGAAAGAAAGAAAUUUCUCUACACGGAUGAGUCAUCCAAACCUGGAAAAAAUAAAAGAACUGCAAUCACUACUCCAAACUUUAAGAAGCUUCAUGAAGCUCAUUUUAAGGAAAUGGAGUCCAUUGAUCAAUAUAUUGAGAGAAAAAAGAAACAUUUUGAAGAACACAAUUCCAUGAAUGAACUGAAGCAGCAGCCCAUCAAUAAAGGAGGGGUCAGGACUCCAGUACCUCCAAGAGGAAGACUCUCUGUGGCUUCUACUCCCAUCAGCCAACGACGCUCGCAAGGCCGGUCUUGUGGCCCUGCAAGUCAGAGUACCUUGGGUCUGAAGGGGUCACUCAAGCGCUCUGCUAGCUCUGCAGCUAAAACAGGUGUCAGGUUUUCAGCUGCUACUAAAGAUAAUGAGCAUAAGCGUUCACUGACCAAGACUCCAGCCAGAAAGUCUGCACAUGUGACCGUGUCUGGGGGCACCCCAAAAGGCGAGGCUGUGCUUGGGACACACAAAUUAAAGACCAUCAAGGGGAAUUCUGCUGCUGUUAUUACCCCAUUCAAGCUGACAACUGAGGCAACACAGACUCCAGUCUCCAGUAAGAAACCAGUGUUUGAUCUUAAAGCAAGUUUGUCUCGUCCCCUCAACUAUGAACCACACAAAGGAAAGCUAAAACCAUGGGGGCAAUCUAAAGAAAAUAAUUAUCUAAAUCAACAUGUCAACAGAAUUAACUUCUACAAGAAAACUUACAAACAACCCCAUCUCCAGACAAAGGAAGAGCAACGGAAGAAACGCGAGCAAGAACGAAAGGAGAAGAAAGCAAAGGUUUUGGGAAUGCGAAGGGGCCUCAUUUUGGCUGAAGAUUAAUAAUUUUUUAACAUCUUGUAAAUAUUCCUGUAUUCUCAACUUUUUUCCUUUUGUAAUUUUUUUUUUUUUUUUUUUUUGCUGUCUUCCCCACUUUAGUCACGAGAUCUUUUUCUGCUAACUGUUCAUAUUCUAUGCAGUGUCCAUGGGUUCUUCAUGUGCUACGAUCUCUGAAAAGACGUUAUCACCUUAAAGCUCAAAUUCUUUGGGAUGGUUUUUACUUAACUCUGUAAAUAAUUCAGGUUUCUAAUGAAACCCAUCCUAAAAUUCUGUUUCUAGAUUUUUAAUGUCAAGUUCCCAAGUUCCUCCUGCUGGUUCUAAUAUUAACAGAACUGCAGUCUUCUGCUAGCCAAUAGCAUUUACCUGAUGGCAGCUAGUUAUACAAGCUUCAGGAGAAUUUGAAUAACAAGAACAGGGUAAGCUGGGAUAGAAAGGCCACCUCUUCAUUCUCUAUAGAAUAUAGUAACCUUUAUGAAAUGGGGCCAUAUAGUUUGGUUAUGACAUCAAUAUUUUACCUAGGUGAAAUUGUUUAGGCUUAUGUACCUUCGUUGAAAUAGCCUCAUGUAAUUGCCAUCUGUUACUCACUAUAUUCGCAAAAAUAAAACUCUACAACUCAUUCUAACAUUGCUUACUUAAAAGCUACAUACCCCUAUCGAAAUGCGAGGAUUAAUGCUUUAAUGCUUUUAGAGACAGGGUCUCACUGUGUUGCCCAGGCUGGUCUCAAACUCCACCAAAUGUACUUCUUAUUCAUUUUAUGGAAAAGACUAGACUUUGCUUAGUAUCAUGUCCAUGUUUCCUUCACCUCAGUGGAGCUUCUGAGUUUUAUACUGCUCAAGAUUGUCAUAAAUAAAAUUUUUUCUCAUUGUGGUA